CAUUGUUGUUGUGACUGCCGUCCGGAGAGCAGCGGAGUGCGGUAGGAGGGCUGGUGUGCUGAGGACGCAGCUCUGUGUCUCUGUGCGGCUCGAGGGAAGCGGACCGACGAGUCUGAGCUCCACGUUUCAGCAGCAGAGCGCAGAUCUCACCGGGAUAAACUCACCGAGGAGAGGAGAAGUCGUAGAAGCGCUGCGUAAAGACGCACGUAGAGAGUUUAUCCAAGAAGGACUCUGAACGACGGGGCACAUUUUUCCUGUCACCCUUUUCAUUCUCUCCUCACAUCGGAUCUUUUUCUACAUUUUCAGAACAGAAUUUACGACUUUCCCACCAGCGAAAUCCACUUUCCUCGCUCCGCUGUUGGGUUUUAUUUCCCUCCAUGGAUCUAGCGCUGUGAGCGGCCGGCUGCAGCGGACUUUGCCCCGGAGGAUCGCAGCUCCUUCUGCCCCGGUCACCAGGAGAGCCCGACAGCUGUCGUUCAUGUUGCAGGGGGCUGCUUUUGAUGGAUUUAUAACCUCGGCUUCAAUUUCAGGAGCAUACACGGACGCUGGAAGCCGCUCACAGACCGCUUUUGUGGAGGAUACGCCGGGGAGCUCCAAAUGAGGAUUUCAGUAUUCACCCAGAUCUACCGGGACAAGGAGUGAGUUCACCCCCCUGGUUGGUGCCAGUCGUCGCUGCGAGGACAGCCCCGGAGGAAAGGAUCCAGAUUUAGAGACUUUGUGGGUUUCUGAAGUCACCAAUGCCCGGGACCAGCGUGUGAGGCCCUCUCCAGGCUUCCAAACGAGUAAUUUUACCCCCUUUUUCAACCACAAGACACACGUCAGGUCUAGAAGAUGGUGAGGAUCUGCAUGUUCUGCGUUCUCCUGCUCAGUGUGGUGGACCAAGUCACGUCCAGAGCCAUCGAGGAGUUAAGAACUAAAGAUCUUCGGGUCUCCAGGCCUCUGAUAGUGCCCGGUUACCCAGAAAACACCACGGCGGUGGUGGGAGGUCAGGCCAAGCUGGUGUGUAAAGUCCACAGGCCGGCGUCCACUAAGAUUCAGUGGCUGAAGACCAAGUCUGAAGGUCCAGAACAGAGCCAGGGAGGACCGGCUCGCCUCAGGGCUCUGACGGCCCUGCAGAGCAAUGGGUCCAAAGUGAACAUGCUCCAUCUGUCCAACAUCACUCUGGAGGAUGCAGGAGAAUACAUCUGCAUGGCUGAGAGCAUCCACGCAGGGCAGACGGUGCAGGCCAUGCAGUCAGCAUGGCUGGAGGUCCUGCCUGGUACCAUCAUCUCCCAGACGGUGGACCUGACUGCUGCUGAAAUCUCCUCAGAUGUUCUCGAGGACCUGAAUGAAGACACCACGGAGCAUCUUCUGUUGGAACCGGGAAACGUCCUGAAGCUGCGCUGCGACAUGAGCAGCCGGCCCGGCAUGGCGGUCAACUGGUACAAGGAGGGAGUCCGGGUUCUGCCGACGCCUCGCAUCCAGAUGCGUGGAGCCGUCAUGGAGAUCAGCGACGUCACGUACGAGGAUUCAGGCGUUUAUGUCUGCGUUCUCCGAGGAACCAAAGAGCCCGUGAGGAACUUCACCAUCACUGUGGCAGACUCGUUGGGGUCCGGUGACGAUGACGAGGACAACGGCUUGGAGGACUCAUCCACUGAGAUCGAAAACGACCAAGUUUACCUCUCCAGAGGUCCUUACUGGACUCACACCCAGCGCAUGGAGAAGAAGCUGUACGCCGUUCCAGCCGGCAACACGGUGAAGUUCCGCUGCCCGGCGAUGGGAAGCCCCAUGCCGACCAUCCGCUGGCUGAAAAACGGACGUGAAUUCAGAGGAGAGCAUCGCAUCGGUGGCAUCAAGCUGAGACACCAGCACUGGAGCCUGGUGAUGGAGAGCGUGGUGCCGUCAGACAGAGGAAACUACACCUGCGUGGUGGAGAACAAAUACGGCUCCAUCGCUCACAGCUAUGUCCUGGAUGUCCUGGAGCGAUCGCCACACAGGCCCAUCCUGCAGGCCGGUCUGCCCGCCAACACCACGGCGGUGGUCGGCAGCGACGUCCAGUUCCACUGUAAAGUGUACAGCGACGCUCAGCCUCACAUUCAGUGGCUGAAGCACAUCCAGAGGAACGGCAGCCGCUACGGUCCGGAUGGGACACCAUACGUCCAGGUCCUCAAGACUGGCAGUCUGAACAUGUCGGAGGUGGAGGUGCUCUACCUGUCCAAGGUCACCAUGGACGAUGCAGGAGAGUACACCUGUCUGGCUGGAAACUCCAUCGGCUUUGCCCACCAGUCCGCCUGGCUCACCGUGAUUUCAGAGGAGGAAGCAGCAGACGGGAUGGACACUAUGGAGACCAAAUACACCGACAUCAUCAUCUACGCCUGUGGGUUCCUGGCUUUGAUCAUGGCCAUCGUCAUCGUGGUGUUGUGUCGGAUGCAGGUCCAUCCCAGGAGGGAGCCGUUUGACGCCCUUCCUGUGCAGAAGCUUUCCAAGUUCCCUCUGCGCAGACAGUACUCGGUGGAGUCCAACUCGUCAGGGAAGUCCAGUGCGUCUCUGAUGAGAGUCGCUCGCCUCUCGUCCAGCUGUUCUCCGAUGCUGGCCGGAGUCAUGGAGUUUGAGCUUCCUUACGACCCGGACUGGGAGUUUCCUAGAGAGAAUUUAACGUUGGGCAAACCUCUGGGAGAAGGUUGCUUCGGUCAGGUGGUCAGAGCUGAAGCCUACGGCAUCAACAAGGACUCUCCUGAACAGGCCACCACCGUGGCUGUGAAGAUGCUCAAAGAUGAUGCCACAGACAAAGAUCUGGCAGACCUGAUCUCGGAGAUGGAGCUGAUGAAGGUGAUGGACAAACACAAGAACAUCAUCAACCUGCUGGGAGUCUGCACACAGGACGGUCCUCUGUAUGUGCUGGUGGAAUACGCCUCCAAAGGCAGUCUGAGGGAGUACCUGCGGGCCCGGCGACCUCCAGGGAUGGAUUACACCUUUGAUGUGACCAAGGUGCCCGAGGAGCAGCUCACCUUCAAAGACCUGCUGUCCUGCGCCUACCAGGUGGCCCGAGGGAUGGAGUACCUGGCCUCCAAGAGGUGCAUCCACAGAGAUCUGGCAGCCAGGAACGUCCUGGUGACGGAGGACAACGUGAUGAAGAUCGCUGACUUCGGCCUGGCCAGAGGAGUUCACCAGAUCGACUACUACAAGAAAACCACCAACGGUCGGCUGCCGGUGAAGUGGAUGGCACCUGAAGCCUUGUUCGACAGAGUCUACACACACCAGAGCGACGUGUGGUCGUUCGGUGUGCUGAUGUGGGAGAUUUUCACGUUGGGUGGUUCGCCGUACCCCGGUAUCCCCGUUGAGGAACUUUUCAAGCUGCUGAAGGAAGGACAUCGCAUGGACAAACCCUCCAACUGCACACAUGAGCUCUACAUGAUGAUGCGUGAGUGCUGGCAUGCUGUUCCCACCCAGAGGCCGACCUUCAAGCAGCUGGUGGAGGAGCUGGACCGAGUGCUGCUGUCCAUCUCCGACGAGUACUUGGACCUGUCGACGCCCUUCGAGCAGUACUCCCCAUCAUGUGAGGACACGUCCAGCUCCUGCUCCUCUGACAACGACUCCGUUUUCACCCACGAUGCCUUGUCCACCGACCCCUGCCUCCUCGGCUACCAGGACGUUCGCUCUCGGAUAGACAUGAAGGCGGCUCUCCGAUAGACGUGCAAACGCUAGAGUGGAAACACGCCACCUUGGACUUGAACACACCUGCCGGCGGCCUCACUGAAGGUCCACCGCUGCAGAUAAGUUAAAGGUUUUGUCCUGGUGAUGUUUCCAUGGACCUCCAGUCAAAGCCCUUAGAGAUAGGUAGGCAUUUAUACACACACAUACACACCAAUACACACACAGAGCACUGAGGCCGCUGGGCUUCAUCACACGAUGGAGGUUUGAAGAAAAACGCUUCAUCAUGAGCAGAAGAAAAGAGGACAAACUCAACACGGUACUUCGGACUAUCAGCUCUGACUCUGUGCCCGAGAACAGUUGGAAAAACCGCGGCACGAAACUCAACAGAAGAGACCCUGGUACUCAAAAACGCAUUCAAGUGCUUUCUUUGAUCGACGGACAAUGAUCUCCUACCGCAAAACCCCAAACCGGGGCUCCAAACCUCGGUUCAUAAAGACAUUUUACCAGAAACAAACAAACAAAAAAGAUUUAUUUUGCUAUGAUAAAAAAUAGGAAACUGAUUGUUAAAUAUAAAUCUCUCUAUAUAAGAUUAUUUUACUUUUGUGUUGCUUAUUUAAAAAGAAAACGGUCUUAAAUCUCAGGAUCUCUCAAGCUAAGAAGUUGCUGUAACGGCAGCACAGUGCCUGAACUGAUGAUUUCCUGUGAAUAUAUUAGAAUAUUAAAAUAUUGUAUGUACAUAUCAACAGCAGAAAGAAAGACGAUUGCCUUUUAUAAAUUAUUCUGAAUGACACGAAAAAAAUGAAGGUUACAGGAGGCAAACGGAGAGAGGAAUUAAAUCAAGUGCCAAACCUUUUACAGCUGUCUUCAUGUUCAGGUUUCUUUCCAGAAUAAUUCAUUUGUACCCAAUAAUCUAUUGGUAUCCCGAAUGUAAAGGAAAAAUGACAACAUGGAAAUGGAGUUGAUGGAGAAACACACAUUCUCCAUCAACAAGUCAACAAAAUGACAGAUUCUGCCUUUCGACAUGGCUUUAAAACUUGGGAAAUUUUUGGAAUGAAACCCACCAUUUGUUAUUUGGUUCCAAGAAAUUGAUUUAUUGUUAAAUACCACAGGGAGCCCUGUUGUUGUUGUUGUUGUUGGACAGAGACCACAGAGCUGUAACGCAUUACAGAAUGGGUUUCGAUCAGGUCUCAGAGACGGACUUGUUUACUCGUGAGCAACAUUUCGUGGUCCUCCGGUCUUUGUCAGGGUGGGACUCGACCAGUGAUUUAGCGUGAGGACUCGAUGGGGAGCUGGUCCAAGCCCACUGUCACUGCUGACAGGGAGAGGAAGGCCGGGAGGCGGGGGAGGAGGGGGGACACUGCAUGUGAAAGCCUGUGUGAUUGAUUUCAAAUAGAGGAGGAGGGGGAGGGAGCCUCCUUUGUCUGGCUGUAACCCUUCACCCAGCCCAAUCUGUUGGCGAGGGGUCCUCAGGUCCGCAGCCUGGCCGGACAAUGAAAGCUUUGCAGGCUUAAUGGGUGUGACUACGGACCAGAGGGAGUGUUGGGGGUGGCGGUGUGGGUAUGGCUUGGGCUUGUGUGUAAAUGAAGAGGCUCUUAUUAUGGUAAUGGCUCCUCUUCUCUCCCAAACGUCCCUAUCUUUAUCCCCACGGCCACCAUCUUUUAAAUUACAAAUCUUUAUUCAGAUUCGCCGCUGCCACCAGCACCAGCUGUAGGCAAUUCCCCACUGGGCUAAAAUGCCAACUGAGUCCCGCUCUGCCUCCUGAAUCCCACCAACAAUUGAGACACAAACAGAACAACCGCUGACAGUCGGGUGGAAACGGAUCAAACUGUAUGAUCGGAAAAUGGAGGGUUUCAUUCCUGACUUCAUCCAGCAGUCGUGUGUUCGUAAAGAAAACCACCUUCUUGUCCGUUCACCUCAUUUGUCUACAUGUUCUGUCGUCAGUCUUUUCCAUUUACAUCACAAAGUGUCCAAACACAUUUGCCUUUUUAACAUUCCAGCUGUCUGCUCUUCUCCCAGAUACCAAUUGUAAACAAUCACAACGUUCUUAAGCAUUUCCUCGAGAGAAUUAUUUUAGAAAUAUCUAAUUUAUUUGUUUAUUGUUUUGUUUUUAUAUGAAAUAAAGUAUAAUUUAAAAUAAAGCAGCUUUGCAUCCUU